AUGUUUAGAGUCACCAAUACUUGUAAUGGGAUCAAAUCUUUUUUGCCAAGUGAAUUUCUUAAACUAUAUCCGUAUCGUUUAAGAUUCUAUUCAACCAAUGAUCUGUUUUCUAAAGAUGAAAUCGACAAAUCAAAGAAAUGGCUAGAAUCCUUCACACACACCCAAAUUCCUACACACUUGUUUGAUAUUUCAUAUAGUAGAUCAUCAGGGCCCGGUGGGCAAAAAGUCAAUAAGACAUCGUCAAAGGCAACGGUAUCACUAGAGCCGGGGUUGUGGUUGGACCCUCGCAUUUGCUUUUGGAUUCCUCAACCAAUUCAAGCACAACUAAAAAGCAAGGGCAUACGCUAUGAGACCAAAGGAGGUGGGUUGUUAAUACAAAGUGACACUAGUCGUAAUAGGGAACACAACACCGAGCUAUGUUUUCAAAGACUUGUAGAAGAAAUCAAAUCAAAAGUAUACUUUGCAAGUGAAGUAAGUCAAGAGGAUAAAGAAAAAUGGCAAGAAUUGGAAGAGGACUAUAAGGAACGUAAAAAAUUUAACAAAAAAAAGCAAUCUGAUAAGAAAAAAAACAGAUCAAAGAAAUUUGAUUGGUAA